GCUCAAAUUUCCAUCUCCCCUUGGAAUCUAGAAGAAAUUUGACAUAAGCUUAUUAAAUUUAGCCACCUUAGCAGAUCUAGCAAUAGAUUCCCGGUUCCCCCAAUCAGCAGCUUCGGUAACGAGCCGUAGACUCGGGCUUCACACACAGUUCAAACUAUGCUGUUAAAGCAUGUAAGCUCCUGUUAUGAUUGUUACUGCUAAAUGUCUGAGAAAUAGCUGGGAGUAACUGGGUCAACAGUUUGAAUUUCGUUUGCCCCCUUUUGGAGGACAUCUAAACUUAUUGCCAUUUUCAAGGGCUUCUUCUCUGUUUGGAACAUAACUACGGAUGGCCAGGGAACCAUGGCUUAUUGAUAGUAAACAGUUUGCAACGAAAAUCAAGAAUCCAAAUUUUGAUCCUUCAGAGGAAAAUGAUCCUUUACAGGAAGACAGGAAAACUGGUGUAACUAGAGAGUGCCCAAAAUGCAGUCAUCAAAUCAAUAAUAGUGAUCUAGCCCAGAAGUGGCCAGGUUUACCUGCAGGUGUGAAGUUUGACCCCUCUGAUCAAGAGCUUCUUGGACACUUAGCAGCAAAAGUUGGAGUGGGAAAUGUUAAACCCCAUCCAUUCAUUGAUGAGUUCAUUCCUACGCUUGAAGAAGAUGAUGGAAUUUGCUAUACUCAUCCUGAGAAAUUGCCUGGAGUCAAACAGGAUGGAAGCAAUGCUCAUUUUUUUCACAGGACAGCUAAUGCCUACCUCAGAGGCAAUAGGAAACGCCGGAAAAUUAAUUGUGGAGAUAAUCAGAAUGGGGUGGUACUUAAUUGGCCAAAGACAGGAAAAAUUCGUUGGCAUAAGACAGGCAAAACGAGGCCUGUCGAAAAUGGAAUAUUGAGAGGCUGGAAAAAGAUUAUGGUUCUCUAUAUGAGCAAUGGAAAGGGUGAAAAGGAUGAGAAAACAAAUUGGGUGAUGCAUCAAUACCAUCUUGGCACUGAGGAGGAUGAGAAGGAUGGUGAAUUUGUUGUUUCAAAAGUAUCAUAUCAGCAACAAUCCAAGAAUUCUGAUAAAAAUGAAUUAACUGAAGAAGUUGGGGGAACUUUAGUUGCUAUAGGAGAUCCGGUAACCCCUAAAACAUCAACUCCUGAACUAGCUCGACCUGGAAAGUGGCAAGCAGAUCUUGACAGCAUCCAAGAAGAGAAUUUAAAUUAUCCUGGCAAUCCUGGCAAUCCUGGCAAGGUUACAGAUUUGGAAGUGGCAACCCACCAGACAAAUGCAAUUGAGGAUAUGCCAUGGAGUGGCCUAAAUGAUGAGGCAGAUGCAAAAUUUGAUGAUUUGCCAUGGGAUUCAUUAAAUGACCCAGCAAGUUUGAGUUUCGAUUCUGCAUGGUUAGCAGGAGAUUCUCAGUUAAGGACAGAUUCUCAACAAUCUUCAGAUGAAUUACUCUUUUGUAAUGAGAACCUCCCAAGCUCUUCUCCUAAGGAGAAAUCGGGAACUGAAGAUUUGGCUGAACAUGGUCGCAUCGAGGAAAAUGUGGAAAAUGUGGAUAUAUCUGGUGAUACUUCAUGUCUUGAUGACAUCGAACUUGAUACGCCUCCAGAAGUACAACUACAGACUAUUGACUCACAUUUCAAUUCCCAAGAGAGCCUGACAGCUUGGACAAAGGGUAUAUGACUGGGCAGGACCUCUCAUAUGGAUUUUCUGAAAUCCUGAUAUUUAUUUUCCAGCUUGAAUUAUAUCUUGAAGACAAAAACAGCAGUAGCAGAUAUACAAAGUAAGGAUCUUUCAGACACAGAAGCAGAUUGAACUUCAAUUCCCUCGAAAAAAGUGAUAUUUACAAUAUCAAUUUUUUGUUUGCAGUUUCAUGUGUCGUAUUUUGCUUCCCAUAAGCUACGCAUGGUAACAAAAAAUAUGCAAGUAAUUGAAAGUGUACCAACCUUCCUAUCAUAAUUUUGGAAGGAUUUAUGAUUCGCUUUUAAAAAACUUAAAAGGCUAUUGAAGCCUUCCAUAUGUAUGUUUCAGGCAGUAUUGAAGUUAUGAAUAUGCUACUCUUGUAUUUAUUCAAAUUCGAACUUUGAUGCA